CACUAGUGGACUAGCAUUACUAACCAUCAUUUCUGCCGCUGCCACGGACGAAGGCAAGGGCGGUAUGCGCAGGACCAGUCGUUGAAUGAUGAGAUUCUGAUAUUUGUUUGCCAUCAUCGUUCUGUGUUUGGGCCAUGAUUAUCUGACUUUUUCUCCUGUCAGCCUGAACGUACGCAUUCCUUGCUCCUACCUGGAUUUCUCUUUCCCCUUCUAUCCUCCCCGUCUCAUCUACAUGAAACUGUCCGCCCGCCUCUUCUACUCGUCGCUCCUUUCCUUGCGAGUCUCGUGUCCGCUAGUAUACCGUUCCUUGCCGGUGUCAAGGCUCCUGUUGUCCAGAGUUUCAUUCCAGCAAUCACCUGCCAGUCGAUCCUUUGCCACAGUCAUGGGCUCCGUCAAGAGAAUCGCAGAAGACCUAGAAAAGCCAGAUCUCGAUGAUCGGUCAUAUCGUGUCAUCGAGCUCCCUAAUAAGCUCGAAGCCUUACUCGUUCACGAUGCAGAGACGGACAAGGCGAGUGCGAGUCUGAAUGUCAAUGUGGGCAAUUUCUCAGACGAGGACGAUAUGCCGGGGAUGGCGCAUGCGGUCGAGCAUUUGCUUUUCAUGGGAACCGAAAAGUACCCCGUGGAGAAUGAAUACUCUUCCUAUCUCUCUUCUAACUCGGGCCACUCCAACGCGUACACCGCCGCCACCCAGACGAAUUACUUCUUCGAGUGUGCCGCUUCGCACGAGGCCAAUGACAACACUCCCAAUGGAGUUGUGAAUGGGACUUCCAACGGGGUGGCAAAGGGUCCGUUAUAUGGCGCCCUGGAUCGGUUUGCACAGUUCUUUGUGAAGCCGCUGUUUCUGGAGAGCACAUUGGAUCGUGAGUUGCGGGCAGUCGAUUCUGAGAACAAAAAGAACCUACAGAGCGAUGCUUGGAGGCUGUCACAACUGGCCAAGUCUCUGUCGAACCCCCGUCAUCCAUACCACCACUUCUCGACCGGGAAUCUGCAGACUCUGAGGGAUGAUCCGGAGAAAAGAGGCGUCAAGAUCCGUGAUGAGUUUAUCCGUUUUUACGAGAGACAUUAUUCUGCCAAUCGAAUGAAGCUGGUGGUUCUGGGACGCGAAUCUCUGGACGAGCUUGAAGAGUGGGUUGUCGAACUCUUCUCCGAGGUCAAGAACAAGGAUCUGCCCCAGAACCGGUGGGACGGCGUCGAAAUCUUGACAAAAGACCAAUUGUCCAACGAGAUCUUUGCAAAGCCAGUCAUGGAGUCCCGUUCGUUGGAGAUCAGCUUUCCCUGGCAAGACGAAGAGGAUAUGUACGAAACACAGCCGGCCAGAUACAUUAGCCACCUCAUUGGUCAUGAAGGACCCGGAAGUAUCCUGGCGUAUCUUAAGGAUCGAGGACUGGCGCAGACACUGUCGGCCGGUUACCACUCCGUUUGCCCCGGGUCAGCUUUUUUCGAGAUCGAAAUCGGGUUGACGCCCGAAGGCUUGAAAAACUACCACGAAAUCGUCAAGAUUGUCUUCCAAUACAUUGGCAUGAUGAAGGCAAACCCGCCGGUGCAGUGGCUGCAUGAAGAAAUGAAGAUUAUGGCGGAAGUGGACUUCCGGUUUCGUCAAAAGUCGCCAGCGAGUCGCUUCACCAGUGGCACGAGCAGCGUUAUGCAGAAAAAGCUGCCUCGUAACUUACUUUUGAGCGGGACUAGCAAAUUCAGAAAAUUCGACGCCGAGGCCAUCACGCAGGCUAUGGAAUGCCUCCGCGAGGACAAUUUUCGUCUUAUGUUGGUAUCCCAGGAAUAUCCUGGUGACUGGGACCAGCGAGAGAAAUGGUAUGGCACUGAGUAUAAAGUGGAGAAGAUCCCCACGGAUGUCUUAUCAGAUGUGCGAAAGGCUCUGUCCUCUCACGGGAACGAGACCAUCAAAGAACUCCAUCUUCCACACAAGAACGAGUUCAUCCCCACCAAACUGGACGUGGAGAAGACGGAGGUCAAAGAGCCUGCAAAGACUCCGAAGUUGCUUCGCAAUGACGACCUUGUUCGGCUGUGGUGGAAGAAGGAUGAUACCUUCUGGGUCCCCAAAGCCAACCUUAACCUCAAACUCCGCAAUCCAGUCACCUCGGCCAACCCCGCAAACUAUGUGAAGACUGUUUUGUUUGUGAGCCUGGUUAAGGAUGCUUUGUCGAGCUAUUCUUAUGACGCAGAGAUCUCUGGCUUGGCGUACGGCGUGGCCCCAACGAUGCUGGGUGUGGAUUUGAGCGUGCAUGGGUAUAACGACAAAAUGGCAGUCCUCCUCGAGAAGAUCUUGACCACAAUGAAGACCAUUGAGAUCAAGGCCGAUCGCUUUGAGAUCAUCAAGGAGCGUAUGGCCCGGAAGUACAAGAAUUGGUCUUUCCAGCAGCCGUACUAUCAGAUUGGGGAUUACACCAGAUGGAUCCUGAACGAACGUGGCUGGAUGAACGAUCUCUUUGCCGCCGAACUUCCUCACAUUACGGUCGACGACAUCCAGACUUUCGGUCCACAGCUUCUGCAGCAGGCGCACAUUGAAGUGCUUGCUCACGGAAACCUGUAUAAAGAGGACGCAAAGAAGAUUGCAAGCCUCGUGGAGUCGAUCCUCAAGCCUCGGCCACUGCCUCCGGCAUUGUGGGAGGUUAGAAGGAAUUUGAUCAUCCCGCAGGGCAGCAAUUUCGUGUACAAACAAAAACUGAGCGAUCCUGCCAACAUCAACAACGCGAUCGAGUAUUAUUUGGACGUCGGUCACGUUAUGGACAUCCCGCUGCGGGCCAAGCUGCAGUUGUUCGCCCAGAUGACUGAUGAGCCUUCGUUCGACCAGCUUCGAACCAAAGAGCAACUGGGCUAUGUUGUUUGGAGUGGCGUUAGGCCCGCCGCCGUCACAAUGGGUUACAGGGUGCUCAUCCAGAGCGAGAGGGAUCCGGACUAUUUGGAGUCGCGAAUCAAUGCGUUCCUCCUGAAGUUCAAGCAGGAUAUGGAGUCAAUGUCCGACGAGGAAUUCGAAGGACACAAACGCAGUUUGAUCAACAAGCGGUUGGAGAAACUGAAGAAUCUCGACUUUGAAACGAAUCGCCUGUGGGCAUAUAUCAGCGGCGAAUAUUUCAAUUUCUACCAAGUCGACCACGAUGUUGCCGAAAUUCGCCAACUCACCAAGGAUGACAUCAAAGAAUUCUUUGCGCAGUACAUCGAUCCGGAGUCGCCCACUCGAGCCAAAGUCUCUGUGCAUCUGGAAGCACAAGCCACCCAAGCUCCCGCUGAGAUCUCUCCAGCAGAACAACGGGAUCAGCUUGUUGGGCUGACGGUACAGGUGCUUCGGUCUCUUGGCGUCGAGGUGGAGGAAGAUAAGCUCAAGCCAGCGCUGGCGAAGGUGGAUUUGGUGGAUGAUGGCCAGAUUGUCGAGGCGGUCCAAGACCACAUUGGCGCCACUCAGGAAGUUGUCGAACAAUUGGAAGAAGCAGUACCUCGGAUGCAGGUUGCAUUGAAGAUCAAGUCUGCUGCAUCUCCCACCGAUGGGGUGGAAGUGGCUGCCAAGAUCCCUGCGCCGGUGCUGAUUGAAGACCCGUACAAGUGGAAAGCCGGGUUGAAGGUCAGCCAAGGGCCAAUUGCCGUUGAGGAUAUCCGGAGUUUCGAGGAUGUUGAGUCCAAGUUGUGAGGGUUGAGCAUUGCAAUGUAAUGGAUCGUGGUGGCAUAACGGGGAAAGAGGAAGGUCUCUCUCUGUCAGUUUGUAUGUGCGGAAAGUGUAGAGGUAUGUUUAUUCCAGGACAUAGCGUAGGCGUUGUCGGCAUGGGUGUCUUAUAAAAUGACUAGAGGUGGUAGAAUAGAUGUACAAUGUAUGUAUAGGUGGAAAUGGUGUUUGAUAAGUUAAUGGGUUGUUGUACACCACAGAGCUGGUCAAUGCUCCUGGACAUAUGUACAUUGCCUGUGCUUUGUACCGUUUACUGUAUAUUUCUAUGAUAGGG